CUUGGAGUCGGGGCGGUGGCUCGGGCAGGGAAGGCGGCUGCUGGGCACGCAGCCGGGGGCCAUUGAGGGCGAAUAAUUCCCGGCCCGGCUCCCAGGGAGACGGGUGGCGGGGCGGGUACCUGGCUGGGUGGGGCCAAGGGGCGGUACAUACCCUGGGGGAAACCAAUGAGAAAAUCAGGCCCUGCCCGAGGGGGCGGUGCUGUCGGUCACAUGCGCACCUGGGGCGGGCGGCGGCGGAGGCGCGGGCACCGGGAGCCGGCGGCCGGGAGCUGGGCCGGGCUGGGGCGGGGUUAGGCAGGUGAGUGACAGGCUCCGGGGGGCCGGCCCCAGCUGGGAGCCCCGAGCGAGCAGGGAGUAGCUGCGGAGGUGCCCGCCCCCUCUCUCCGCCCCCUCCAGCGGAGCUGUUCUCCGGCCGGGCACCGUCGCGGGCCCCCCUGGCCCGGCCACCUGGGACUGUGGUGGGGAAUCGGCCCCCUCCCUAACUCCCCUCGCCCGCAAAGUUUGUGGCGAAGCCGGCGCCCGGGCAGAGCGCGUCCCUGGGGGGAAGAUCGAGGAGCGCCCGAUGCGGGGAGACAGGAGCCGUUGACCCGGGACGUCGCCGUCCGGGGCAGAAGCGCGGAGCAGCCGACCAGCCCGCCGCCUCCGGUGCAUGGGGCCCGACUGAAGAGCCAGCAUGGGCAACUGCGUGGGGAGACAGCGCCGGGAGAGGCCGGCCGCCCCGGGACACCCCCGCAAGCGAGCAGGGCGCAAUGAGCCCCUGAAGAAGGAGCGGCUGAAGUGGAAGAGCGACUACCCCAUGACCGACGGGCAGCUGCGGAGCAAACGGGAUGAGUUCUGGGACACGGCACCCGCCUUCGAGGGCCGCAAGGAGAUCUGGGAUGCCCUCAAGGCCGCCGCCUAUGCAGCCGAGGCCAACGACCAUGAGUUGGCCCAGGCCAUCCUGGACGGAGCCAGCAUCACCCUGCCUCACGGCACCCUCUGUGAAUGCUAUGACGAGCUGGGCAAUCGCUACCAGCUGCCCAUCUACUGCCUGUCGCCGCCCGUGAACCUGCUGCUGGAGCACACUGAGGAGGAGAACCUGGAGCCGCCCGAGCCCACGCCCGGGGUGCGCCGCGAGUUCCCGCUGAAGGUGCGCCUCUCCACGGGCAAGGACGUGAGGCUCAACGCCAGCCUGCCCGACACGGUGGGGCAGCUGAAGAGGCAGCUGCACAGCCUGGAGGGCAUCGAGCCAUCCUGGCAGCGGUGGUUCUUCUCCGGGAAGCUGCUCACAGACCGCACGCGGCUCCAGGAAACCAAGAUCCAGAAAGAUUUUGUCAUCCAGGUCAUCAUCAACCAGCCCCCGCCGCCCCAGGACUGAGGAGCCCAAGGACCCCUGGGAAGAGAGGCCGUGGAGGCCUCUGCGGGGCUAAGAGGCCUCCCGGCGGAGCGCUGGGUCCCCCCACCCUGCUGCUGCCUCCGAGGGCUGUCACUUUCUUCAGGGGCGCCGCCUGCCAUGUGGCUGCUGGGCAAGCCAUGAAGGGACCCUGCCUCCCGGGGGGCCCGGGAGCCACGAGGGCCCCACACCCAGGAAGCAGUGCUGCCACAUACAGGCUUUGCCAGCCUCGUUGGAGAAAAGGCAGACGGGGGCACUCCACCCUGCCUCUCUCCCGCAGCAGGUUCAAGCCACGAGGGGCCAGCCCGGAGGCCCCUAGAGCCCAGAUCUGUUGUCUGGUGCUGCCGGCUGUGCUCACUCCGGUUUUCUGCUCAGGGUCUGAAGCAGCUGCUGUCCCCUUCCCCUGCCCCUACUCCCUGACUCUGCCCUGGGCCCAGUGCCAGUCCUCUGGAGGGGAGGGGAUGGCUUGUGAGCCCCAGGGGCAGGGAGCCUGAGGCCGGCCUCUGCCUCUCCCUGCCCCGCAGCACAAUUGGCAGAGGUGGAGGGGGCGGGUGGCCAGAUGGCUGUGCUAUUGUGGCAGGGGUCUACAUGGGGCCAUCUCCUGGCUGUAACCCAAGCGGUGGGAGGUCUGCAGCCCGGCCAUGGCCCACAACAGGUCCCUGUGUACAGACAUAUCUGCAUAUUUAUCAAUAAAGCCUUUUGCUCCUA